UGGACGGACACAAUUACCCCACUAUUCCCUAAAAUUGAUACCUUUAGUCAAAGGUUUCUUACCGUUUGAUUUGCACAAACUCCCAAACCCAUACCCACAUGAUCGACAUCAUCAUCAUCAUCAUUUUCCCCUCUUUUUUUUCUUCAAAUUAUUCCCUAACGGCUACCUGCAACCAAAACCCUUGUAUCAAACCCUUUAUUAUAUAACAAACCCACAAAUCUUUCUUUCUUUCUUUCUUCACUCAAUCAUAUGACUAUGGAUUCGCCACCACCACCGUACAGAACAUCCCCAUUAUCGAACCCUAGAAGCCGAACCAAAUCGGGUUCUCGUUUGGCUCGAACGAGUAGCCAAGAUCCACCACCAACAUUGUCUCUUGAUCUAGUUUCUUACUCACCAAAAAACAGUGUUUCUCCAAAACCCCAAAACCCACUUUCAUUACAUGAUUUGCUUCUUCUUUCCCCUUCCCCUGCUAAAAAAUCAAGAACCCGACUUGACGGAUUCGACGAGGGUUCUGACCCUCAUGGCUCUCGUAGACGGUGCAAGAACCGGUUUGUAAAUCUGGGUUCACCUCGAAAUGUUAGGAGAUCGAGGAGACGGAUUGAACUAGAGAUUCGAGAAGAUAAAGAAUUGGUUUUGGCUGAUGAUCUGGUUGGUGGUAAUAAUAAGGUUAAGAAAAGGAGACAUAGUGGAAGAUCGAAAAAGGAUAAAUCGAGUUCUUGUCAUUCCAUUCCUUCCCCAAAAGGUAGUGAGGAUGAAGAUUAUGGGCAGAGUUUUGAUCGAAUCGGGUUACUGGUGAAUGAUCUAAUAAUGUGGAAUGAUGUUGCAAAAUCCACACUUUGGUUCGGGUUUGGGUCACUGUGUUUCUUAUCAUCCUGUUUUACAUCAGGCAUUAGUUUUAGCAUGCUUUCUUUGAUAUCUCAAUUGGGCCUUUUGUGUUUGGGUGUUUCAUUUUUCUCCAAUAUGAUUGCUCAAAGGAAUGGCACUGAAAACAAGAGAGACAUUAAACUUAAAGAAGAUGACAUUUUGAGAGCUGCAAGAGUAGUACUUCCUGCACUAAAUUUUGCAAUUUCAAAAGCUCGAGAGCUGUUUUCAGGAGAUCCAUCCAUGACCCUUAAAGUGGCACCGUUGUUACUUCUUGGAUCCGAUUAUGGUCAUAUUGUAACAUUCAAGAGGCUUUGCGCACUAGUGUUCUUUAUCGGCUUUACAGGCCCAAAACUGUACUCAAUGUACUCAACUCAAAUAUGCAAGAAAGGUGAAAGUGUGAAAGCACGGAUACUGGAAGCAUGGGGAGGUUGUUCUCACAAGAAAAUCGUUGCAGCAUCAGUAGUCACGGCCUUUUGGAAUCUGACUUCCAUCAAAACGCGCAUUUUUGCAGCGUUCAUAUGCUUAGUGAUCUUUCGGCGGUGUAAAGGACAGUUGCCAUGGAAAGUCGAAGGAGAAGAGAAAGGUCAACAGUUGCCAUCGAAAGUAGAAGGAGAAGAGAAAGGUCAAUCACAAGAGAAGACGUUGACUUUGGUUGAAAGCACAACAGCUGACUAAAAAAGUUGUAUUCCUAUUCUGUAUUCCAUGUAAAAUAAAACAUAUCUUAUAUCUUAUAUAUAAUAAAAUAGAUCGUUUUAUAUC